UCCAAGCAGCAGAAGAGACGAAGAACGAAACAAGUGGGAAAAAAUCGCGAAACAUAGCGCUAAAAAUACAAGCUAUGAAGUCAUAUACACAAGCAGUGAAGAAGCGUUGAAAAGAGUGCGUGCAAACGUUUUUACUGCCGUUAGCUCUCGAGUGUUUUUAUUAGCGCCGAGUCGUUCUUCGCCCAAGACUGGUUCCAAAUAAGGGGGCAACAUUUCCCACAGAACCGCCAUCGAUCGGAUCAAUUCGCUAUAUUAACAUUCCGCUGGACAGUGAAACGGUGUCGCGAAAGUAAGCAAUUCAUCACAUCGAAGGAGCUUCAACCAAACCAUCGAACUAGUAAUCGGGGUGCGUUUAGGACGGUUUAAUUACAAAGAUGACUAAGGAUGGACCACCACCGUACGGAUUCGUGCCACCGCCAUCGGCACCACCGAGCUACGCGCAGGCUGUCGGAGGUGUACCACCGUCCAGCCCGUUCACGCCGCAGCAACCGGUACUGACUGGGGCACAGAUCGUUACCACGGUCGUACCGAUCGGUCCGCAGUCGACACACAUGAUAUGUCCCAGCUGCCAUUCGGAAGUCAACACCAAGACAACAACAUCGCCGGGAAUGAUCGCUUAUGUGUCCGGUUUCCUGAUCGCACUGUUUGGAUGCUGGUUGGGAUGCUGCCUAAUACCGUGCUGCAUUGAUGAAUGUAUGGAUGUGCAUCAUACGUGUCCUCACUGUAAAGCCUAUCUGGGACGGCAUAGACGAUAAAAACCCGGCGCGCCUAACUGUGGUCGCGUACACCGCCAUCCAGUGUACACACUGAUACAUCGAGCGUUACGGUGGAAGAUUCGUGCGACGAAAGGAACACAAAUGUAGCAUGAAACAGGCAGAUUAUGUCGUAUGUGUGUGUGUGUGUGCUUAACGAUUCCAAAUCCAAUAUGCUUCACAGCGACUCGGUCGGUGUCCUCUUGUGUUCUUGAAACUUGAGCUACUCUACUACCCACUACCCACGUGUACUAAGUGCAUCAUGAAUUAUUGUAGUUGAUUUGCAGACGAUUAGCAAAACUCUAGGGCAAAUAGGAAGUAACGGGGAUGGGUUCUAACUAGCGGUGGCUAUAGAUAAGGCGCGAUAAAGUCUUACAAAAAAAAAACUAUACGACGUCGAGUGUGCUUCAAUUCAAGCCUUUAUUGACGCACUUCGGAUUCUCACAUCAAUUAUGUGUGUAUGCGUGUAUUAUGAAAACCUUAGGAUGUGGUUAACAAUUAACGCGUAUCGUAUGUGUACUAAACAUCUUUUCGAUCUGACUUAUUGAUUACUGGUUCGUUCUUUUGCACUUUUCUACUUCAUUUCGUUAUCUUACCCUUUAUAUCGAUGUUUGGUUUUUUUAAGAACGUACACAGAGGCGCUACGGAUUCGAGCAAAGUGUGUUGGUAAAUGGCUAUAGUUUAGUGUUAUGUUUUCCGGUUUGUGCGUGAACAUUUGUUCACAAGUUCACAAGUAAUGCAGUACAGUACUAUAUAUUAACACAUUGUUCGGAAACAAGAGUUGAUUUACGCUCGCGUAAGGGUAUGUGCCAUGUGCGUUUGGCCGUGUCGUGUUAUUGCGAGUAUACAAUGUCGGCAAACAUUUGGCUUCAACGUUGGUCGUUUGAUGGAACCCUCACAAAUAAAUCUGAUUUAACUGCUAGGGCAAAAACUCGUCUAACAAACCGAAAUGAUAUUAACGUAAAUAAAAAUAUUAUCAGUGUAAAG